ACUGUUUAGUUAUUCGUUACGUUUCGAACAGAAGCAAUUUAGAGUUGAUUUGAAAUUAUGACAAUAUUUUCUCCAAGAUAUCUUAUUGUAUUUUGUCAUCUAUUGGCUGGUAUUUUAUUCUCAGAAACGGAAUCCAUUUUUCUUCCCAGAAAGGGAGAUUAUCCUUACCUUACAAGAGAAAGGGUAUUCAUUGAACCUAACAAACGACCGUUUUGUAAUGCUUUCACAGGUUGCGGACGUAAACGUUCAAAUUUACCAGCUCUGACCUCUCAAGGCGAAGAGAUGGACGAAUCGAUCAACAGUCUUCUAGAAUUAAGCGCGGAGCCUGCAGUCGAAGACCUCUCGCGACAAAUUAUGUCCGAAGCUAAACUUUGGGAAGCCAUUCAAGAAGCGAACGUCGAAUUAAAGAGGCGUAAACAAAAACAGGCAACAGAUGGCGCUCUGAACGACGAGGCGGUUCCUGCACGAAGUGCAACGGCUAGUUGCGCGUUACCGCCAUGUUAUAUAUAAGUAUAGAUUUCUUUUAUAUGUUAAAUUUAAGGUUUAAAAUCUGUGGGAACAUCUAUAUAAUCCCUAUUUUGUCUAAAUGACUUCUAUAAAAUUUAUAAAUCGUCGGGAUUUUGAUUCAAUGUAUGCAAAUAGGUUAGAACAUAAUAGAUACGUAGUUUUGAAAACAAUUAACAGCUAAACUUUCUGCUAUUUCUUGAAUAAUUGUUUUUAGAAUUAAAAAAAUGAUUAAUCUCUAUAACUAAAUAACUAAAUAAAUAUAUUGAAAUAGUCCUUUAAUUUAUUUACAUUCAAUUUGGGAAAGGCGAAAAAAGCAGAGGAGUCAAUUAUAGUUAAGUUAAAUCCACGUUUGUUAAAUUCUUUGUCCUCCGGCCGCCAUGCUGAAAAUAGGUGGCGCUGAAAAAGAGGUGGCACUUUUCUAAGCCAUAUCAGGAUAAUUAUUAAUCACGCAUAAUAUUUGUAAAACAUUUUUAUUGUGAAAUUAAAUAUCUAGAAUAUCAAUGACUUUAAUAAAAAAGAUGCAAGGAUAAGAGAAAAUUUACGAGUACUUAAGGUUGCCAUACACGUUACGGUUCACCUAUGCAACUAGCGUGUAUGACUUUAGAAUAAUGUAAAUCUCAGAUUGCUGGAAAAUUCUAAUAGAUUGUUGAAUUAAAAACAUUAUAAUAAAAGCUCGACUAUAAAAAUACUCUGAUGUAAUGUUGUUGUAAAAUGUUCUAAAGAAAAUUUGUUCUUGAAUUUAUUUCCAUUAAUAACUUUGUUAUUUUUAAUUUUUCGACCGCUCACCAUACUCCAAUAGGUUACAGGGUUUUGCAAAACACUCAUACAUUUUGUAACUAAAUUCCCCGUGUACUUCCAUAGCUACUUUCAAAGUUUUUUGCCACUAAAAUGGGGAAAGUUGAGGUAAAUCGACAAUGAAAUGUGUGAGGUUAGAUUUUUCCAAUGCACUUUGUAGAAAACUGAACAGGUCUAGAAUUGAAUAGUGUUUUGUUCUCAAAAAGUCUGAAUAGAAUCCAGAAGAGACGCACUUUUCGAUGACGAUGAAGAAAUCUUUGAAUUGAAGAAGUGCAAGAUGCCUUUGGAUCUAAUGUGUACCACUAGUACUUUCUACCUUAACUGUUGUUACUCCUAGGUGUUUGAUAAAGAUACUUUGCUUGAGCUGCACGCUUACACAUUACUAAAUAUUCAUAUCAUAUUGUGUGCACUGCUUGAGUACUUUUACGAUAGAUGGGUGCAGUGUUAAAACGAUUUGUAAUACAGUAACUUAGAUAUUUUGAAAUGAUAAAUUUACAUUUGCUGGGUGUCUUUAAUGAAGUAAAUAUUAUGAGGCAGGUAGCUAAAUAUAACUAAUUGAUAUAUGACAGUUGAUAACGAACAUAAAUAGCUGGAAUUAGAUAAAAACGUUUCUUACUUUCUGAACAGCCCUCGUACUUAAAACGUGUUGGUGUCGUAGUUUAUGGACUGCUCUUAUGAGAGUUGUGAUAAUAAUUAUCAUUUCCAAGGCUUCUCAUCAUUUUUAAACAGUAAAAUAUGUACUGGGGUGAAAUAAAUUCGCCGUAUUUCAAUGGCAAAAAAUUAUAAGAUUCUUGGUCGUUCUAUUGGUUUUUCGAACAAUUAAUUUAUAGAAAACAUUCAAAAAAUAUCGAAAUGUAGAAUUUUUAUCCAUAUCUUUCAAAUAAUAAAUGAUUAUUGAUUUUGAAAAUUUGUAAAAUUUAAGUAUAUAACCUAUAGUAUGUAAUUAAAGUACCAUUUAAAUUAAAA